GCGCUCGAGAGUCCGUCCCGCCCGAUUCGGUGCAGCUGCAGCCAUGGGUCGACAGAAGGAGCUGGUGUCCCGUUGCGGGGAGAUGCUCCAUAUCCGCUACCGGCUGCUGCGCCAGGCUCUGGCUGAGUGCCUGGGGACCCUCAUCCUCGUGAUGUUUGGCUGUGGCUCUGUGGCCCAGGUGGUGCUCAGCCGGGGCACCCACGGUGGUUUCCUCACCAUCAACCUAGCCUUUGGCUUCGCUGUCACCCUGGGCAUCCUUGUGGCUGGCCAGGUAUCUGGGGCCCACCUGAACCCUGCUGUGACCUUUGCCAUGUGUUUCUUGGCGCGUGAGCCCUGGAUCAAGCUGCCCAUCUACACCUUGGCUCAGACGCUAGGAGCUUUCCUGGGCGCUGGGAUUGUUUUUGGGCUGUAUUACGAUGCAAUCUGGGACUUUGCCAAGAAUGAGCUCGUGGUCUCGGGCCCCAAUGGCACAGCUGGCAUCUUUGCCACCUACCCUUCUGGACACUUGGACAUGGUCAAUGGAUUCUUCGACCAGUUCAUUGGCACUGCCUCCCUCAUCGUGUGCGUGCUGGCCAUCGUUGACCCCUACAACAACCCCGUCCCCCGCGGCCUGGAGGCCUUCACCGUGGGUCUGGUGGUUCUGGUUAUCGGCACCUCCAUGGGUUUCAACUCGGGCUAUGCUGUCAAUCCCGCCCGGGACUUUGGUCCCCGCCUUUUCACCGCCAUUGCUGGCUGGGGCUCCGAAGUCUUCACGACUGGCCGCCACUGGUGGUGGGUGCCCAUCGUCUCUCCGCUCCUGGGCUCCAUUGCGGGCGUCUUCGUGUACCAGAUCAUGAUUGGCUGUCACCUGGAGCAGCCUCCACCCGCCACUGAGCAGGAGAAUGUGAAGCUGGCCCAUGUGAAGCACAAGGAGCAGAUCUGAGUGGGCAGGGGCCCCCUCCCCACCCCCUCCCUCGAGCACCCACAGACUGUGCAGGGGCUGCUGCCUAGAAGCCUUCAUGGCUCCCUCCCAGAUGGAGAAGCUCCUGGUCUACUCCCACUCCAGUGGACAGCCCCCUUGGGGAUUCUCCCCAGGACCCUCCCCAAAUGGGCCAUUAGGACACUGUCUUUAAGCAGUGGUGGGACAGGGAGUAGGGCCAACGUACCUUUAGUUUCCCAAAAAGAAUGGGCUGUGUGUGUGUGUGAAGUUUCUAAGACAUUCAGGGCAAGGGAACAAGUGGAAAGGAUACUAGCUGUGGGGGGAGCCCAGAGGAAGGGAAGGGUCUGUCUGCGGUGUGUCCAUCCCAUCAGUGAGUGAGGAAAGUGUGAGAGGUCUGCAUGUUUCAGGGGCUCCGUGUGGAGAAGGGUCCAGAUAUAUGUGUUCUGAGUAUGGGUGUGUAUGUGCCCUUUUUCCUAAGCAGGGGACUUCUCUAGAUUUUAGGGGAG